AAACAUCCACGCAACGCGCGAGUAAUAUCCGCGCAAGAACUGAGUAAAACGUCUAAAAAUAACUUAAGAGGGAUUACUGUAGUUAGAGGACCUAUAUGGGAGAUUCAAUCUCUUACCUUGAUGAUCUCUUGCGUCAGGACAAUAAAGUUUUUCCCGCCCGUUGCGUGAUCCUCAUUGGUCAGUUCAAAUUUCAGGCGCGCCAGCCGUAUGCAAGGCUGUGAUCAAUUACUGAACGGACGCACGGCAACAUGGAAUCUAUUGAUAGUUGAAAAUAGCGUUUUCUUAAUUUUACGAUGGCACCGAGAUAAAUCAUUCUAUUUGGUGCGGGUCCCAAUACUCUGAGACUGGACAAAUUUUUUUUUUCCUGAGCUUACUUUAUUAUUUCAAUGUGCCGGGGGUCAAUCAAUAUUCGAUAAUUAACAUAUUCAUGAAUAACAAUUUGUCUGGCAUGUUGAUGAAGGAAAUAACUUAUUAACUGUACUGUAGCUUUGUUUAUAAGCAGGAGAAAAGUCAUUAUAUUUUAAAACACCUGCGUCUUUCAAGACGAAGGUAACAGCUCCAAGCUGGAGGUCCACUUUCGCAUAUAUAAAUUACAAAGAAGGAGCAAGAACUAGCUCAUGUCAGAAAAAGUAAAAAUAAAACUCAUAAUUGUCUCGGGUCAAACUCAGUUAUCACCAGAGGGGCCCUUCUUGCCCAGCAUAUCAACGAGCCUAGAUUUUUAGAAAAAUGGCUUGCGUGCUUCAAAACAGGUUUUCUUUACUGUCCAGCUCUACUCCAAUCAGUCUUGAAGACAGAAACUCUAUGACUUCUAUGUGACGUCUUUGUGUCUAAGGAAGACAAUUAGGUAAGCCGUGAAAAUAAGCCAUUUGCCUGUAGGCAAAGACAGUUAAUUUACGCGGACCUACAAGGCCUUUAAGUGAGAACUGUCACUGACUUAUUGGCAGGUAACUUCUUAGGGGUUAUCGUCAACCGUUAAUUUUCGAGUGAAUCUGCUCGUUGACUACUGCAUCACAGCGCGGUUGUGAACUCUUUACAAGAUGAAGUCUGUAUCGUUUGCCUUCAUUUCUUUCCUGGUUUUCUUUCAAGUCAGUGAUGCUUCCAACAUGGAUCACCUUCAAGAAUACAUGCACACUAAUCUCUUGCCUCCGAAGCCAAAAGGCCAUCCUGCUGCAUAUACCCCUGAAUUGACAUUUGUAUGUCCAGGAGAAGUUAAAAUCGCUUGGCAAGUACGGCCGCCGUUCACCGUAGAACAAAAUGCUAGUGAUGGUCACUCGAUUCACGGGAUUUUCCACCAAGCCCUAGAUUUCGCUUUGGAAAGGUGCUGCGCGCAUUACAAUGGAAAACGACCAAUAAUGCGAUACCUAGCCGAGUCUGAAAACGCAUCUGCGCUGCAUGGCAAUAUUUUCUCGAGCGACGCAAACUUGGUUUUUCCUUUACAAGAUGAUUUGUUCAUUGACAGAAGUAGGUGGUGCUAUAUCAACAUACUGAACUCUCCUGGAGCAGUGUUGGUGCGGAGGGAAGACUCAACCAACAAAGGUGGUGAACUGUUUAAAGCUAUUUUGGGAACAUGGCCUAUUGUGGUUUUGAGCCUUUUAAUGUCCUCUUUGGCUGGAGUGUGCAUCUGGAUAUUAGACACCAGAACCAAUCCUACAGAGUUUAGCCGUCCCUUCUACCUUGGAGUGUUCGAUGGCUUCUGGUGGGCCUUUGUUACAAUGUCAACGGUUGGAUAUGGCGACAAGACUCCAAAGUCUAUAAGUGGCAGACUAUUCUCCGUAGUGUGGAUAAUGACUGGUAUCACAGUCUGUUCAAUACUAACAGCCACACUUUCCAGUGCAUUGACGAACGUCACGGUCAGUGUGGAGAGAUAUGAGGUGACCACGGGAAAAACGGUUGGCGCACGAAAGGAGAGUUUUGCCUUCAAACAUGCUGUUAAUCUUGGAAUAAACGUCACGCAUUUUAAUGAUCUGUAUGAAGCGUACCAUUUAUUGGAAAAUGGAAAAGUGGAAGGCAUACUGGAAGAGAUGUUUACGGCGAUUGAGUUUAUCAAAGGAAAAGCUGACUCGCGGCUGACGGUUGCACAAGUACUGGAGGAAAAACACGGAUAUGGUGCAGCAAUAAAGAAAGAAGACUUCGACCCUGAUGUGCGGGAGUGCCUGCCGAAAUUAAUUGAGUUUUCCUCCUAUGAGGUUUAUUCCAAUACAAGUAAAUUUGUCAAGCGUUCAUACACACCUAUAAAGAACUUGCCAGGUACUGAACUGACUGAUGGAGACCAGAAGCUAUUCAACCAAAAUUCAUAUUCAUUUAAAGCAAUGACUGUCGGAGUUUCUGUUGCUUUACUUGUGUUCACUGCUUGCGCUGUUGGGUUUGCGGGAGUCAGGUAUCUGCGACGAAAGCGAGAGAAGAAGAAGAAGAAAGCAGUUGACUUGGAAGUUGGCAAAAAAUAGGUAGAAAAUACUUCUAUACACACCUAGUUCUUGUCAUGUUGUUUUAUUAUAUUUAUUUUUUAUGUUGUGCGAUGUCAAUGAAAUAACCCUAACCGUAAUAAUUCCUUUAAGAAACAAGCGUUUUUCAAAAUGCGAGAGCUUUAUUAGCAGCAAUAUUUUCAUUGUUCCAAAUAACCUGAUGAACAACAUCCCCAUAAGAUAAUAGAGAAGAUUGGUUUAACAUGGACCUCGCGAGAAGGACUGGGAUGAGAGGUCUGAUGGGUUGUGGGGAAUAGAGAAAUUUCAAUAUUGUAAUGUAAUUGAAUCUACAAUCAUGGACAAAAGUCUUGGGACAAAUUUACACUUGUGGCGCUUUUUCACACGCGCCAAACAAACAGUCAAGCGUGAAUUCAACUACACUUGCUCAGCCCCUCCCCCCACCCCACCUACAAUGUUGGACAUUUCUCCAGAGUU